UGUACUUGCCGUGAGAUAGUUCGCCCGUUCGUAAGCGUAAAGUAGACCGUUUAAUUCUUUUUAUCCGAAAAUUUGAAGAUCCUGGUAAUUAUGAAUUAAUGCAGCGGUAGUAGCUGGUAGUUGCGAUAUGGCUGAGUAUCGAUCUGGUUCGUAUUGCGUGUCUUCCGGAGUAGGCAGUGAUUCAGAAGUCAUGGCUGAACUAGCAGCUUUGCUGCAUCAGGAAAUUCCUGAAGGAAGGCACAAUCUUGCAGACAGUCACACGAAUCUUGAACGUGUUGCGGAUUAUUGCGAGGCAAAUUAUUUUCAAGCAGACAAUAAAAGGAUUGCAUUAGAAGAAACAAAGAAUUAUACGACUCAAUCAUUGGCUAGUGUAGCAUACCAAAUAAAUACUCUCGCUUAUAACUUUCUUCAAUUAUUAGAUCUACAAACAUCUCAGUUAGCUGAGAUGGAAAGUCAAAUGAAUCAUAUAGCUCAAACCGUUAUGAUACAUAAAGAAAAAGUUGCUAGGCGAGAGAUAGGUGUAUUAACGGCUAACAAAAUGACAGCCCGUCAAUAUAAAAUUAUUGCACCUGCAAAUCCCGAAAAGCCUAUCAAAUAUGUAAGGAAAAGCAUAGAUUAUACGAUUUUGGAUGAUAUUGGCCAUGGCGUACGUAGUAGUGGUACGCCAAGAAGCAAGCAAAGAGGAGGUAGCCAAGGUAGCGUUCAGAGCUUGGGUGCAACAUCUACCGGCUCUGGUUUGGGUGCUGCUAUGGUAGGACCUGCACCUACUACCAAGCCACCGACUCCUCCUCAAACAGUAAGGACUGGAACACUGAGUAAGGGUUCACGAGAAUAUAGAACUCCACCUGCGGUUGCUCCACCUCAAGUUCCUAGUCAUUAUGCGCCAAAUUAUCCAUUGGGUCAUCCACGACGCGAGCGUGGCCCAGGAUAUAGUACAUUGCCAUUGCAUGCUCAUACAACUUCUCAUUCUGCUCACAAUACCAAUCAUUCUACUCACACGAACAAUAUGACGCAACAUACUUCCCCACCUCAAGUGGGUACAGUCCAUCCAUUGCAAAGUCAUCCGCAGACACCACCACCAGCACCACCCAGCGUUACAGGAGCUGCGGGAUACAUACAAGAACAACAUAAUAACAUGCCUCCACCACCUUCUCCACUGGUCGGUAUCAGUGGAGAUAUGGCUGAUUAUAGCGGGCAUCAUACUUUACCACACAGAUUAGCUCAUCAAAUUAGUCGAAGUAGCGGUGCUAGUAGUCCACCACUGCCACCUCCUCCACCUCCUGAACAAGAGGAGCAUCCUCAAUUUGGUAGACCGACUCCUUCCAGUGGUGCUAUAAUGCCUAUCGUACCGGAUGAAGAAGAUCUGCCUGGCUGGGUUCCAAAAAAUUAUAUAGAGAAAGUCGUCGCCAUUUACGAUUACUAUGCCGAUAAAGAAGACGAAUUGAGUUUCCAAGAAAGCUCCGUCAUUUACGUUUUAAAAAAGAACGACGAUGGUUGGUGGGAAGGAGUAAUGGAUGGAAUAACCGGGUUAUUUCCCGGCAAUUACGUUGAACCUUGCGUUUAGGCAUGUAUUACAUAUUUAUAUUUCUUAAGCAUUUUAAGUAAAGAUCAGUAUCUAUAGUUAAAAGACUGCUAUUUUAAGAUACACAUAAAGGGGCUUUGUAAUUAUUUGUUAUCAUCGGUUAGCAAGAAGUUAUAGAAACGGACCGUUUAUAUGACGAUAAGCAAUCGAUAUCGAGCUUUAUAAAAUAUUUAACAUAGGAUGGUCCGUGAUUCGAGGGGUAGCGAAUAAAAUACUCUUUGGCUCUUCCAACGAUGUUACACAUAUUCAAUGUUCGUAGUCUUUUCAAAAAAAAAAAAAAAAAAAAGGGGAAAAAAAAUCAAACAAAAAUAAGCCAAACUUUACAAUGUCAUAAGAAAAAGUAUUUUUCUCUACUCCGUAAUAUACUUCUUCUCCUGCAAUUAUAAACUAGACGAUCGUCGUAAUAUCGUGUAAACCCAAUUAAACUGCGUAUCAUCCGCAAAAUAUAUUUAUGUAUCUUAGCUACAAUUAAAGUACUCGAAUAAUAAGCAAUCAAAAUACCAAACGUCCUAUCUAGUAAUAAAGUUUAAUGUAUUAUCGUGUACUGUGUUUAAUCACAGUAAAAAAGGAGGAGACUAAGAUGUAUCGCCAAAAUGUUCGAAAAGCGUUCAAACGCUCCUUCUGCAUUUCUGUAACAUUUUAUAGUACCUUUAGUACCUUUGGUACAGUAUUGCAGCGCGAUGCGUUUAUUUUAAUAAAAAUAAAAAAAUAUAUAAGAUAUAUACGUACCAUAUACAUACAUGUAUACACACGCAUAUAUAUAUAUGUGUACGUGUGUGUAUGUGUAUAUAUAUAUGUAUUAUACUUUUAAUAAUUGUAGAACACUUUCGAAAUAAAACAAAAAUCGAAAGAAACUAUACCAUUUAAACAAUAAGUAUUAUUUCAUUGUUUCUCUCUUGAUUAAAGUAAAGGGAGACUGGGAUAUGACCGUGCAUACAAUGAGAAAGUAAUUAAGAAGUUUAUAGAUCUCAUUGAAAGAACAAUAAAAGAGAUCGUUUAAAUUAAUACCACAUAAGUUUUUUGAAAAGUAUAUUUUCUAUUGCCACAGUAAAAGAGUAACCGCGCUUUUUCGCUGCGAAUUAAUAUAAUAAACAUUUCUUAUUCUAAAGAAAUAAGUACACAAUUUUUUCAUUAGGCAAAUAAAACUCAUGGCUUGGUAAGGUCGAGUAGAAAAUUAUAAAUACCAUCCUUGUUAACUUAUACGUAUAUAUAAUGUUUCUAAAGACUUUACAACGGCGUUCAUUUGUAUAGCCGAGUUUCUUAUUUUUACUUUAUUGCUUUAUACGUUGCUAAUGAGAGAGUGGUAGAUGAUUUCAUAGAUAACGCUUUUAAGAGUGGACUGCAAAAAUGAGAGAGAGAAAAAGAAAGACUUUCAAGUAGGUCAUGUCUUUUUUUUGCAAUUUUUCAACAACUUAUAUACAUAGCAACGUCCUUAUACACACACACACACACAUAUAGCAAGAAAACAUGCUAGAUAUUUUCGCUAACUAUGCAUGUGAAUUACUUUGAUUUUCGAAUAAAAAGAGAAAAAAUAACGAGCUCGUUGUAUCAUACAUAAAAGAAAAAAUAGUAAGAAAGAGAGAGAGAGGGAGAGAGAGAAAAGAGCCAAAAUAGUAAUCCCAAGAGGAACUAUUUAAAACGACUGGCUUAAAGAAGAAGAACAUAAAUUCUUUGAUAGGAAAACUACGAAAAUCAAGUCGAUUACCAGAGCUUGAAAGGAUCUUUAUCUAUCCUCUUUCUUCUUCGGAAGAGGAAGGAGAGGGAGAAAAUAAAUCCUGGGAGACAAAGUUGGUGCACGUACCGAACCAGCUAUCUGAUCUAAUUCGCUGGAUUGAUUAUCCGUACGUUAGCGGAAGGCAGCUUGGAGUCAUCUUCGCCUUCACUGUAACGGAAACCGCUUCAUUUGAUUAAUGCUGUCUUCCCUAUGGAUAACUUUCCGCGUGGUUAUCCCGCAACGUAACCCGCAACGUCGAAUCCUGAAAUAUUUCAGCCAAUUUUAUCCGCGAGUUUUCGCAAAACGGCCAUGAAAUUUUCUUACGUCGAACAGAAGAACUUUAAUUUUUCUCUUUAAGAAGAUACAUCUUCUGAAAACUUUUCAAUUUCUUAUGUUUUCUAUGAAAAUAUUUAUUAAUAAUGAUGAUAAUAAUAAUAGUAAUAAUAAUAAUAAUAAUAUAUGUAUAUGCAUAUAGGUAUAUAAAAAAUACUAUUAAUAAAUAAUUUAUAAGAUAUUACUUUUCGAAGAUAGUUUUAGCGAUUAAACAAUAAUUAAUAUAAAAUGAAAGGACUGUUACCUUUCAUCUAAUGCAUAAUAAAUCGAACUACUUCAUAUUAUAUUUGAAGGAAUUAAUUUUUACGAGAGUUCUGCAUGCGUCUUGGCUCACGUGCAAAAAACACGUAGGUAUAUACAAAAUAAUAUUAAUAAAUGAUUUAUAAGAUAAGACUUUUCGAAGAUAGUUUUAACGAUUAAACAAUAAUUGAUAUAAAAUGAAAGGACUUUUACCUUUCAUCUAAUGCAUAAUAAAUCGAACUACUUCAUAUUAUAUUUGAAGAAACUAAUUUCUAAGAUAGUUCUUCGUGCGUUUUGACUCACGUGUAAGAACACGUGGAUAUAUACAAAAUAAUAUUAAUAAAUGAUUCAUAAGAUAAUACUUUUCGAAGAUAGUUUUAGCGAUUAAACGAUAAUUGAUAGAAAA